AUCUGCCACAGACCACACGCAAGCAAACACGCACACACAAACACAGACACGCACACAGAUAUCAGGAAGUAAUCUGUUCCGUGCUGACUGUGCAGGGUGCUGUCUGUAAGCAGAAGAGUGUGUAUCGCACGUCAGUGUGUGUGUCUGCCGACAACAGGUUGCAAGUAUGACCCUCUCACCUCAAAUCUAAGGAUCUCUCACCCCACUGGACAGACACAUGGACACACAGCUACACGGACCAACACCAUGGGCUCAAGAUUAAAAGAAAACCCUGACAGGACCUUCUACUGGUUCUUUGAAGCAUCUUGUCCAAUCGCAAAUGACAAAGAUCCUGACGUGUUGUUUCAGUUUCCUGAAGACUUCAGUGAUGAGGAAUCCCGACAGACUCUACCAAGGUUCUGCUUUCCCUAUGACAUAGAGAGAGUGAGAGAUGUGGUAGCAGUGCAACACUUCACCUUUGUGUUGACUGACUUGGAGGGAUGCCAACGCUUCGGCUUCUGUCGCCUCACCAGCAGCUCACACACCUGCCUCUGUAUGCUUAGCUACCUACCUUGGUUUGAGGUGUUUUACAAACUUCUGAACAACCUGGCUGACUAUCUGACCAAGGGACAGACCAAUGAGAUGCGAGAACUGCUGGGCGCCCUCUACACACAUCCCCUGCCAUUGGCUGUCGGCUCUGUCACUCUGCAGCUGGGAGAGAAGCUAUUGGUCAGGACAGAGAUGCCCCGCCCUCCUGGACAUGCCCCCCUCACCCUGGGGAAGGGGCAGGAAGGGGUCCCAUACUUCAUCGCUCCAGACCCCAGAGGACUCCCUUCCAUCCCUGAGAGUAGGAACCUGACAGAGUUGGUGGUAGCGGUAGAUGUGUCUAACCUCCUCCAGCUCUAUGCCAGCAUGUUGUUUGAGAGACGCAUCCUCAUCCUCUCCAGCAAACUCAGCACAUUGACAGCGUGUGUUCAUGCCCUCAGUGCUGUGCUCUACCCCAUGUACUGGCAACACAUCUUCAUACCUGUUCUGCCCCCACACCUACUGGACUACUGCUGGUCAGAGAGAGAGAACACAGACACACACACACAUACACACACACACACACACACCUACUGGACUACUGCUGGUCAGAGAGAGAGAACACACACACACACACAUACACACACACACACACACACCUACUGGACUACUGCUGGUCAGAGAGAGAGAAAACACACACACACACAUACACACACACACACACACACCUACUGGACUACUGCUGGUCAGAGAGAGAGAAAACACACACACACACACACACCUACUGGACUACUGCUGGUCAGAGAGAGAGAAAACACACACACACACCUACUGGACUACUGCUGGUCAGAGAAAGAGAACACAUACACACACACACACACACACCUACUGGACUACUGCUGGUCAGAGAGAGAGAACACACACACACACACAUACACACACACACACACACCUACUGGACUACUGCUGGUCAGAGAGAGAGAAAACACACACACACAUACAUACACACACACACACACACACCUACUGGACUACUGCUGGUCAGAGAGAGAGAAAACACACACACACACACACCUACUGGACUACUGCUGGUCAGAGAGAGAGAACACAUACACACACACACACACACCUACUGGACUACUGCUGGUCAGAGAGAGAGAAAACACACACACACACACACCUACUGGACUACUGCUGGUCAGAGAGAGAGAACACAUACACACACACACACACACACGCCUACUGGACUACUGCUGUGCUCCGAUGCCCUUCCUCAUAGGAGUCCACUCCAGUCUGACAGAGAGAGUGAGAAGCCGGGGUUUAGAGGACGUGGUGAUUCUGAAUGUAGACACCAACACUAUAGAGUCUCCCUUCGAAGACCUAAAGAAGAUACCAGCAGAUGUGGUAUCAGGUCUGAAGUUGUGUCUGAAACGUCAGGCAGCGUCAGCAGGUGUGGGCGUGGCCAAGGCCUUCCUCAGGGCUCAGGCUCUGCUGUUUGGAGGAUAUGGAGACGCUCUGAAGGGAAACACGAAUGGUCAGAUCAUGUUCUGUGAGGAGGUUUUCCUGGACCACAGGUCUCCCAGUAUGAGACAGUUCCUACAGAGUGCUGUCCAUCUGCAGCUCUUCAAACAGUUUAUUGAUGGACGUCUGGAGCUGCUGAACAGAGGGAUAGAGCCAGACGACCUGUUUGAACAAGAGAUGCUACAGUGUGGAACAGCAGAAGCAGGAAGCACCAAAGCCUAUCAUCAACUGGUGGGCAACCUGAAGAAAGGGGGAGGAGCUCUCAUCCUUAACGUCAAGUCUAAGACUCACAUGUACAAGUCGGCCAAACGUGGCUUGAGGAACUUUCUAUCACCCAAGGAGCACGUUGAGAUUCUCUCCCUUAAGAGAGGCAACUCCGUGUCCGGAACACACACACACCGCCGCAAACAAUCAGAUUGUCUUCAGAGCCGUUUACCAAUCACACAACACUUUGGGAAGUCUCGUCCCCGUCGUCCAGUUAACAAACAAGGCUGUCUCCUUGACGACGACAACACACAAGAGAACAGAGACGCCUGGGAGGAAGACUGGCAGGACAGUGCUGUCUCAGGCCCCGUGGCAGACCCAGAGCUCCAGGAGGAGGAGGGGGGAGACUCAGGUAUGUGUGACCCAGAGGAGAUGGACCUCCUGGGGGAGAUCUUUGACACGCUGAGUGCCCGGAGCUCCCAUGACCGCGGCCUGCUCUACGGCACACGAAGUUUAGACCUGUUUGGACCUGAUACUACUGACUACAUCAGACAGAGGGGCCUGACCACUCCCAGUCAGGAAAGUCUAGGCGUAUCCAUCGGUGGGAGUGGCAGUCUGCACAGCUGGAACCAGGAGGACGGGCUACAUUACAUGGGGGAGGGACCAGAACAGACCGAUGAUUCUGAUGGGCUAGGAGAGGGACAGGUGUUGUCAGAGGAAGCAUCAGAAACACCUCAAGGGAGAAGAGAGGAGGGAAGGAGAGAGAAGGAGUGGAGAGAGGAGGGAAGGAGAGAAGAGGAGAUGGAAAAGGUGUUGGUGGAGGCAGAGGAGCUUAAAGAGAGGAAAGAGGUGGGGAUGGAGAGAUGGAAUGUUCUGAGGCAAGGAGGGCAGGAUGAUCAACAGAUGGAGGAGAGGAAGAGGGAUGAAGACAUCACUUUGGAGCCAGAGAUUCAGUCUGAAUGUGUGGGUGAGAAAGGGAAGGGGAAAGAAGUGGAGGGAGAGAAAGAGAGAGAGAAGAUGCAGAAUGACAGAGGUAAAGACCAACAAGAAGAGGAGAACCAGGGGCAGGGGCAGGAGAGAGGCCCCAAGACACCAGGAGAAUUACCCAGGAACAGAGGCCCAAGGCCGGGUGCUGAGUCUAGGGCCGGGGCAGUGGAGGACAACCAGGGAGAAGGGGACAGACUCACCCCCAAAACCACUGCUUUUCCUGGGCAUGAGAACGGCACAGCAACCCAUGCUUCUAAACAACCCCUGGGUCAGCUAGAAAGAGAAGAAAAGGGGGAGGAAAUAGAGGUGGGACCCACACCCCUUUCUCCCAGUGUGCUAUCUGCUGUAGCACUGUUCCAGUCACCGGCCUCCGUGCAAACCCUCCAUGGGAAGGCCCAGAUCAGGGGCUCGCCUAAACCCAGUGAGCUCAGCAACACACCUCGGACCUGGGACACUAUACAGAAGAGCUGCCCUCAGGAACCCAACAACACCCAGGUCUCACCGAAUGACAGAGCUGGACCUGGCAUAGCCACCCCUGUCCUGACUAUGCCUAUAAAUAACCAAUCAGAACCAGGGGGGAACACCACAGUGCAGGAAGACCCGCCCCCUGUCAAGGUGUCUGAGCUGAAGAAGAGAUUUGAAGCUUGAUGACUGGUGCAGGACUGUUUGAGUGGCGCAAAGCUCAGCCAAUGAUUUUGCAGUUUUCAAAGACUGAGGGACUUGAUGAGUCAGAGAAGAAAUGGGGAUGGGAAGUGAAACUCAGGAACAUGAAGCGCUCUGAAUGUUGCAAGUAGAAAUAGAAUGAAUAGAAUUGACGCAAUCCCAUAUUCUAACCGACAGACAGUAAUUCCGGUUCUACACCAUACAUUUCUAUCUGAACAUUCUGUGACGUUCUUAUACAGGUCUAUGAUGUAAUGCAUAAGGCCAGAAGUUUUCCCCAGGGUGUAUUCACUUGGACGCAAACGGAACCGAACGGGGAGGGACCUUUCUGAAAUUUUCCAAUAGAAACUCAAUUUCGUUGGAAAAUAUUUUCAGUUUGGAUUAAACGGUUACCAUUACAAAACGUUUUGAUACAGCCCUAAACAUUUAGCUACAUUGUGCGACUAUUGAAUAUCAGUUGUGGAAAAAGUACCCAAUUGUCAUACUUGAGUAAAAGUAAAGAUGCCUUAAUAGAAAAUGACUCAGGUAAAAGUGAAAAUCACCCAGUAAAAUACAACUUGAGUAAAAGUCUAAAAGUAUUUAUUUUUAAAUAUUCUUAAGUAAUAAAGUCAAUGUAAUUGAAAAAAAUGUACUUAAGCAUAAAAAGUAAAAGUACAAAUAAUUUAAAAUUCCUUGUGUUACGCAAACCAGACGGUACCAUUUUCUGUUUAUAAUAAUCAUAUAUAUUUACAGAUACCAGGGGAACUCAGACAUCAUUUACAAACGAAGUAUUUGUGUUUAGUGAGUCGGCAAGAUCCGGUAGUAGGGAUGAACAAGGACGUCCUCUUGAUAAGUGCGUGAAAUGGACCAUUUUCCUGUCAGAAUGUAACAAGUACGUUUGGGUGUCAGGGAAAAUGUAUGGAGUAAAAAGUACAUUAUUUUCAUAAAGAAUGUAGGGAAGUAAAAGUUGUCAAAAAUAGUAAAGUAAUGUUUUGAUACAAAAAAAAACAAAAAAAACUGAAGUAGUACUUGAAAGUAUUUUUACUUAAGUACUUCACACCACAGUUGAAUAAUACACUGAUCAUGUCACAUGACAUUCAGGAUCCAGUUCUGUCCAAUCCCUCUGACUGAUGUCGCUGGUUGUAUUGUCCUUAGAUGACCAGCAGGUGGAGCUUGUGGUACAUGAACAAAUUAACUCAAUGCACUGAAUACACACUUGAAGAUAUUUUUUUUAUUUUUUAAAACUAAAUUCAAUAUUUUUCUCCUGGAUGAUAUUAAAUGCACUGAAUAAAUGGAAGUUUUAUACUUUU